UAGCAGUGUCCAAUGAAGUUAUUUAGGUGUGAUGAGUCACAGGUUGUUAUCGCAUGAGGCAGUGACAUGCGCAUGCUCGAAAGAGUAUAAAUACAAUGCCUACCGAUGUACAUUCUCAUCCGUUCUAGUCUUUCUCGCGUCCCGACAUCUACAAGAUCAGAGCUCUCUCCAGGAUUGAGCAGUCCCUCUUCUUUGAGCAAAAGUUACAACUUCUAUUCAGAGCAUUCGAUUCUGGUUUAUUUUUAGGCUAACCUGCGGAACUUGAGAGGACAAUCAGAAACAUAUCAUGUUAGGCCACGUCGUUCGGAAAGGGGCCAUAAGCCAAAUCCCAAAUACUUGGGAUAAGUGGGGACGUGAAGAACCGUAGUCCAUGCAUGCAUGCCGUACGUGAAAAGCAGAAAUGGACUGGGUCUGGAUAGGCGAGAGUUUUACGUGCGAAUGGGUUUACGGCAGUUACGCAUUUUACGUCAUCUUUAUUUCCGAAAGUGUUGUUCUGUUUCGAGCUCUGUUUUAUGCUGUUUCGAGCUCUGUUUUACGUGUGUUUACGUGUUUGAGUUUCAGUUAGUUAGCCGCUAGUUUUUUUCCUUCAUUUUUGGCAUGAAUGUAAAUGGCUUUGCUUAUUUAAAGCAGCCCAGAAAUUGUUAUGGUCAAUCAGAAAAUUUCAUUCAAUUAUUGCGGUUUAUUUCUCACCCGAAGAGAGAGUUAUUUUACGUUAACAUUAUCUCAAUUGUUGGGACCUAUCAUUGGCCUCAGAGCCAGGUUGAAUUUUAUUAUGGGAACCAAUAAGGAGCGUAUCGAGCAGCUGGAAGCAGGACUUGAUGGAGUGCAAGAGGGGUUACACAGGAUGGAGCUCGGCAUGGCUGACCGGCUUCGUCAUGUGGAAGAAACUCUCAACCGUCUCUCCGAUGUCUUGCUUGCAAACCAGGAGAAUCUCAUCCCUGGACACCAUCACCGGGAAGGCAACGAGGGAGGACGGCUGGUUGUAUCAUCUAAAACAGCAAAACUUGAAUUUCCUCGAUUUUCAGGAGAUGAUCCGACGGAAUGGUUCAACCGUGUGAACCAAUUUUUCGAAUUCCAGAAUACUCCCGAAGCCCAAAGAGUUUCUUUGGCCUCCUACCAUUUGGAAGGGGAGGCCAACCAAUGGUGGCAGUGGAUACGUAGGACGUUCCAGGAAGAUGGGCGCGUGCUGUCAUGGAUGAAUUUUGAGGAUGAACUCUGGGCUCGCUUCGGGCCUUCGGAUUGCGAGGAUUUCGACGAAGCACUUUCACGGGUUAGACAGGUUGGUUCCUUGCGUGAAUAUCAGAAGGAAUUUGAACGCUUGGGCAAUCGAGUUAGAGGCUGGACGCAAAGAGCUCUUGUAGGAACUUUUAUGGGUGGCUUAAAGACGGAGAUCUCGGAUGGUAUACGGAUGUUUAAGCCCCAGACAUUAAGAGAAGCAAUCAGUUUAGCACGAAUGAAGGAUGAUCAAUUGGCUAGACAAAGGAGGUUUGUAAGACCUGCACCACCAACGCGAGCUUCCUUAGCUCUUCCCCCUACUACUCGAGCAACACCACCAACCCCUGCCGUUCCCGUGAGACGUCUUAGUUGGGAAGAAAUGCAGCGGAGAAGGGCCCAAAAUUUAUGCUUUAAUUGUAAUGACCGUUUUACUGCAGGACACAAGUGUCAGGGUCCACGAAUACUCAUGUUGGAGAGCUGCGUGGAUAACGGCAACCUGUUAUGCGAUGAAGUCACCGAAGAACAACCAGUUGAAGAGAAUUUCGAAGGGCCUCCUGAACCAGAAAUUACGCUGCAUGCACUUACGGGAUGGACAGCUCCCAAAACCAUGCGAAUCACAGCCAAAAUCUGCGCCCACGACGUGGUCAUAUUAAUCGACAGCGGGUCGACUCACAAUUUCAUUAGUGAGCGUAUGGCCAAUCUGCUGCGUCUACCCAUAGUCCCUACGGAAACGUUCACGGUUCGAGUUGCUAAUGGAGAAAAUCUCAAAUGUCAAGGGAGGUUUGAGGAGGUACAAAUCAAUUUACACGGCACCAUUUUUUCAUUAACUUUGUAUUCCUUACCUCUCUCAGGGAUAGACGUGGUAUUGGGAAUUCAAUGGCUUGAAACUCUUGGUUCUGUGGUGUGUGAUUGGAAGAAAUUAACCAUGGAAUUCACGUGGAAAAACCAGACCAAAAAAUUGGUGGGCAUAGACGGACAAAAUAUCCAAGCGGCAUCAAUCGAAGAGAUAACUAAGGGAAUUCGUCCCAGCCAUGCUCUGUUUGCCGUGUGCCUACAGGUUGCCCAAACGGAACUUCCACAAAAUAUUCAUCCAAGCUUGCGUGAGUUAUUGCAGGAAUUUUCAGAUUUGUUCAUUGAGCCUUCAAGCUUACCACCAACACGAGAGGUUGACCACGGGAUUGCCCUCAAGGAAGGAACCGAACCGGUUAACGUUCGGCCUUACAGAUAUGCGCACUAUCAAAAGAACGAGAUCGAGAAGCAGGUUCAAGAUAUGCUGCAAUCCGGACUUGUGCGACCCAGCACUAGUCCCUUCUCGUCGCCUGUAUUGCUAGUAAAAAAGAAAGAUGGAAACUGGAGAUUUUGUACAGAUUAUCGCGCGCUCAAUGCCGCAACCAUUAAAGAUCGAUUUCCGAUUCCCACAGUGGACGACAUGUUGGAUGAACUCUACGGGGCUUCUUAUUUUACCAAGCUUGAUCUUCGGGCAGGAUACCAUCAGUCCGGACUGGGAUCAACAUUUAGUGCAUGUGAGGCAGACUUUUGA